GCCAGUCAGCCGUCCUGGAAACUGCAGUGCUUUCCUGGACGUCUAGUGCAUGAGUAGGAUUGGCAGGCUGGAACACUCUCUCAGCCAUGGGCCUCCAGGGACAAAUGACAGUCGCGGUGGUUGGGGUCUUAGUCUUAUUCGCCGGCUGCCAGGGCGAGACGAAGUUGGAGGAACAGCAGCAGCCUAAGACGCUGGCUCCGAACCCGCAGGGUGAGCCGACUUCACAGCUUGAGACGACUUCGCAGCCCCAGCUGGAACCGACUUCGCAGCCGCAAGUGGAACAGGAUCGGGAGCAAAAGAAGGAUGAGCAGCGCCAUCAUACAGCUGCGAAGGCCCCCCUCGACCACCAUGACCAGAUCCACCUCCAGGACCACCACCAUGACCAGAUCCACGUCCAGGACCACCAUCAUGGUGGCCAUUACAUUCACCACCACCAUGGGCACAUGGACCACAGGCCUGACCACUUCGACAGCGACUUGUGGUAUUUUAACAUCGGGGAUCAGAGGUACUCCCUGAAGGUGGGACAAACCGCCGUCCUUUUCCUGCUGGUGGCUCUCUGCGUCCUCGUGGUGGCCUUCGCACAUGACAGAGUUAACGAGGGAUAUGGCGGCCACUAUCCGUCCACACCCUACCAGCGACCCGCCUACACGAACGCGCUCCACUAUGGGUACCGUGCCCUUGAAAAUGCCACCAUCAAGUACCAGUAAAACGCUCCUGCUUGUUCUGGAAGACACCACAGCAGCACAGGACAACAACAAGACGCCCAAGCACCACAACAGAUAAAUAGCGUGGCAAAACCUGCCUAUUGGACUCUUCAUCAUCUGCAGCAAGACAGACUAGACGCUACGGGGAGCUUUACGGGUCUCCACCAUCUCUUACAGCACUGCACACAUCACAUCUCACUCACAUUGUCUUGGAUUACGGCUUCUGUAGCCGCUAUGAACAGUUGAAUGUGGCCGCCUUGAGCAGUUGAAUGUGGCCGCUUUGAGCAACCCUCAUACCAUGACCUGCAGUUGGAUAUGACCGCUACGAGUAGUUGAAUGUGGCCACUGUUAAUAGUUAAAUGUGGCCGCUUCGAGUAGCUGUCGUAAUGGAAACAUUUGAUAAUAGUCCAAGGCGGACCAACACGUCAAUGCUUCAUAUUGAGAGUUAUGUGUGUGUGUGUGGUGUCUUCACAGGAGGCUGCAAGAUAACACAAUUCGUGGUGGGUGUAUUUAGGUGUUGUUGAUGAGAAUGGCAAGUAAUCGUAAGAUCCGGAUAUCAAUUGUGAGAACACUAUAGGAAUUCCACAAUGACAUACUAGCGUGAUAUAUACCAGUGAGAAAACCCACCAGGGCUGUGAGGUGGGCGCGAACCCUGGACCAAGGCAUUGCCAGCCGCAUACUGUACCACAGUACCACCAUCAGUGGUAGAGUAAGCAGCUGGUAAUGUCGAGGUCAUAGAUUCGAGCCCACCUCACAGCCCUGAUGGGUUUUCUCCACUAUAUGAGCUGUUGUUCAUUGUGAGACAUUACUCUGUAAAUAUUUCUGUAGCACUCUUUGUGAGAACAAUAUGACUGUCCUUACUACAGUGACUGUAUGUGGGUCAGUAAUGAUUACAGCGACACACAGAAAUGGGGUUAACUGUUGUAAAGGCGGAAAUCAC